GGCACUGGCGCCGGCGCCGGCUAUGGCUGCCUCAUCCCUCGUGUGUACGUUUGCCACUCGGCUGCUCCGGCCCACCCAGAACUGUCGCUUCCGCCAACGUCUGCUCCACUUCUCGGCAGUCCGGAAUGAAGCUGUUGUCAUUUCUGGAAGGAAACUUGCCCAGCAGAUCAAGCAGGAAGUGCGGCAGGAGGUGGAAGAGUGGGUGGCAUCGGGCAACAAACGGCCAUACCUGAGUGUGGUUCUGGUUGGCGAGAAUCCUGCAAGUCACUCCUAUGUCCUCAACAAAACCAAGGCCGCUGCAGAUGUGGGAAUUAACAGUGAGACAAUUGUGAAACCAGCUUCAAUUUCAGAGGAAGAACUAUUGAAUUUAAUCAACAAACUAAAUAAUGAUGAUAAUGUAGAUGGCCUCCUUGUUCAGCUGCCCCUUCCAGACCAUAUAGAUGAGAGAAGGAUCUGCAAUGCUGUUUCUCCAGACAAGGACGUGGAUGGCUUUCAUGUAAUUAACGUGGGGCGCAUGUGUCUGGACCAGUAUUCCAUGUUACCGGCUACCCCAUGGGGUGUGUGGGAAAUAAUUAAGCGAACUGGCAUUCCAACCCUUGGGAAGAAUGUGGUUGUAGCUGGAAGGUCAAAAAAUGUUGGAAUGCCCAUUGCAAUGUUACUGCACACAGAUGGGGCGCACGAACGUCCUGGAGGUGAUGCCACUGUUACAAUAUCUCAUCGAUACACUCCCAAAGAGCAGCUGAAGAAACAUACAGUUCUUGCAGACAUUGUCAUCUCUGCUGCAGGCAUUCCAAAUUUGAUCACAGCAGACAUGAUCAAGGAAGGGGCGGCUGUCAUCGAUGUGGGAAUAAAUAGGGUUCUGGACCCCAUCACUGCCAAGCCCAGGCUGGUUGGAGAUGUGGACUUUGAAGGAGUCCGGAAGAAAGCUGGUUAUAUCACUCCAGUCCCUGGAGGUGUUGGCCCCAUGACAGUGGCGAUGCUGAUGAAAAAUACCGUUAUUGCUGCAAAAAAGGUGCUGAGGCUUGAAGAGCAGGAAGCACUGAAGCCUACAGAGCGUGGAGUGGCAACUAAUUAGAUAUCGUGUCUUCUGUGUCAUGAACAGUGUACUCUAAAGCCAGUUCAAGAGGCAAAACAGGCUGAUAGAAAUGCAGCAUUUUUUAUUUAUUUUACUGACAUGGUUUUAUACGAUGCUUUGUAUUUAUUGAAAGCUUAAGUUAAAUGGUGGAUGUUUGCACAAAGAGGUCUUCAGUACCUUACCAGGGAGCACCCACCAUCGUGCUGGGUCAGUGAUCUAGCCAUAAGAGGAGCCAUUAACCUAGUGAUCACAGCGGGGACAUUGUCACUUUGAGAACAGCUGCCUAAUGUGGUCAGACCACUUCAGUUACAAUUUGCCUUUUCUAGGAUUGCAUUUCCCAAGUGCUAUUCCAAUAAAAGUUGGUACUCACUUCAGGUUCCAAACCUUUUGAGUUCAACUGGUGAAACCAAAGGAAAAAUAUUGCUAGAGAAAAUUAGGGAAAAGGUAAGAAGGAAGAAAUGAUAGUACUUGAGUAGAAAAAAAUUUACCCUAAUUUUGUACAUGUUGAUUGAUAACCAGAAUAAAAGCUACAUGUUAAUAGAAUUCUGUCAUUUUAUAGCUUAGUCAGUCAUCCAGAAAAUGUCUGCUCCGUGUGCUAUUAUUAGCCCUUGUUUUAUGUGUGUUACCAUUGAUGAGCUCUCCCCAUUUUAGUUUUUGGGGAUCAAAAGGCUUAUUUUAUAAAUAACUCAUGUGUAUCAUCCUAUUUGAUUUUUCCUAUGUUCUUAAACUUCAUUGUUAAGUUUUUGUACUGUUGGGGUUGUCUGUGUAGAUCUUUUUGGUAGAUCU